GCGCAGGCUGCUGAGCCCUUCGCUUUACCGAGGCGCAUCGCUGCCUUGAGACUCGCCGGGCGUCGUUUGGUGACGUCUCACAACGCCGGCAACGGCUGCGCGCGCUCCGGUUCCGUUAGCACCUGUUUGCUCGACUACUGCUGCCGACGCCAUCAGCGCCAUGGGCGCGGCCAUCGCAAAAACGUUAGUAUUCCAGCCGCCGUCGCCGGUCGUCCCCUGCGACCAGAUCGUGGCCGGCUCCGUGGACUCGAGCCACGUUUGGUUGGAGACGCGGCGCGGGUCCCGCAUCGAGGCCUUCUUCGUGGACCGGCGCGCCCAGAUGACCGUGCUCUUCAGCCACGCGAACGCGGAGGACGUGUCCAUGGUCUUCGCGUGGCUGCGCGAGCUGAGUUUAAGACUGGGCGUCAACGUCCUGGGCUACUCGUACACGGGCUACGCGCGGUCCUCCAAGCCGCCGUCGGAGUUGGACGUCUACGCCGACGUCGACGCGGCCUGGGACUAUCUGAUGGCACGGAAGGUCGAUGCGAGGCGCGUCGUGCUCUACUCGCGGAGCGUCGGCAGCGGCCCGACGCUAUACCUCGCGGAGCGGCUCUCGGCGGCGGGCACGCCGCCGGCCGGCGUCGUGCUCCAGUCGCCGAUCCUCUCGGUGUUCCGCAUCGCUUUUGAUUUCCGGUACACGCUGCCGGGCGACCUCUUCCCGAACGUGGAUAGAGUGGGCGGCGCGCGGUGCCCCGUUUUAGUUAUACACGGCACGCACGACGAGGUCGUGCCCUUCUGGCACGGCCAGGAAUUAUUUCUGGCGACGCGGCCGGAGUGGCGCUUCAAGCCCUUCUGGAUCCCGGGCGCGGGGCACAACAACAUCGAGCUGCUCCUCCGCGACAGCGGCGCGCUCUUCAAGAAGCUCGGCGAGUUCGUCGACUUCUGCUCCGCGCGGCGGCAAGCGUCGAGCGGGUAACUAACUGUUUUGUGUG